GUCACCGGACCUCGUGCUGCGAAAACACAGGCAUACAAGGACCGAGGUGUGCUUGAUUCCCAGCCCCGUGUUCAGCCCAUAUCGAGGCUAAUUCCUCUCCAGUUUGGCAGCCGAAGCCUCGCCAGAAACACCAACCCGAAGAAUCAGCCGCCGACACUAUGACAAUGCAAGUCAAGGCUGCACGAAUGAGAAUGGGCCAAGGCCAACUGCCCGCCAAUGUGCCAUCGAAGUCCUCGCUGACGCAGGCCUCUCAUUCGAAGGCAUCUGCAUCUAGAACAGUCAAUCAAGAGCCUGAGAUAGGUCGUGAUCCUCGCAUGGACGACACCGAGCUAAGUGCACGCACCGAUUUCGAUCAUGAUCAGCACCGUGAGAGACUAGCAGCAGCCGAUCCCAGUGAUGAUGGCGGUGGAGGCUCUGAGGCCGAGUCCAGGUCGGACGAUGAAGAAUACAAAUCGGGUGCCGAGCCUGAAAGCGAAGAGGACUUUGGUGUGCAAGAUGUGCACGCACCAUCCAGCCGUAAGUCCGUUAAAGUUGCGGAGCAAUUGGCGCAAGGUUCAGUCAAGGUCGUCUCGAAAGGCCGGCACAACCGCCGCGUACUCUCAGACUCAGAGGCCGGAGGGUCCGAUUAUGCGCCUGACUUCCUAGACCCUGGAUACGAGUCUCCUCCCACCCGCAAUCCCGAUGCCAAUGACUCCGCAGAUGAAGCUGAAUGUCCGGUAGCUGAAGACGAAGAUGACCCCAUGAACCUUAGGGAGGCACGGGUUCAUCGCGAAUGGAACUCUACUAAGUCCGUCGCGCAGGAGAUGAUCAUCCGUCGGGCACAGCGCCCUAAGCUGCCAGCCAGUCGUCACUACGGUCAACAAGAUGAUAAGAAAAACACACCGAGUGUGGAGGAGCACCCCGGCCGCGUCUUCCAACCAACGCAGUUCCACCACGCAGUAACCAAGCGGCUGUUGCAGCAGCGAUCUAACCAGGCUGGCAUGGUGGUUGCCGAGAAAGGUGUCACUGUGACGAAGACCAAGCGGCAGGGAGGCUUCCGCGAGACCGACAGCCAGUUGCGGCGUUCAACGUCUAUGGACAAAAUGUUUCCUUGGCCACCCCCCGAGUCCAUCAGCAGUGGCGAAGACUCGGGACUUGACCUAUUCCCUGAAAAGUCCCGCACUGGACGCCCUAAGCCACGACGUAAGCUGACCGCACCGGCUCCUUCCGACCAAUCGAUUCCCGGGCCUGCCACCAAUGUGAAGGGACAUCAGGCAACUCGCAAUGGUACUAUCUCAGGCAACGACGACGACGACGACGAUGAAUCAGCAACAGAUGCCCGAGGCCUGUUGCGUGCCAGCCAUGUGAACGUCUGGCCCGAGGAUACGGAAGUCACAUUUAAGGACGGGAAUAAGGUAGCUGGUCUCAACUCGCAGAAAUCAAACAAGGUCCGCACUCUGUUGAAGUCGACCAUCGCCCAAGAGUUGCCGCAAGCUCUGGCACUUGUCAAUGCCUUUCCGAACAUCGGCGAGCGGCCCAAAAUGUUCCUCGACAUAUUCAUCACUGGUGCGCGGCGCCUCGGCCCCAACUACAGUACAAUCGCCCAGCGCCUGUUGCAAGACUCAGCGUAUGUCCUCAGCUUACUGACAUUGCCCGCCAAGAGAAUGUGUUCGAUCCGUGGACCCUGGUAUAGCGCCUGUCGUGAUCCUGUAUGGGAGGGCUAUGGCCUCAAGGCCAUCGAGAAUGACCCGGAGGCCCUCCAGACGGCUGUCCAGGAGCUGCUCCUCAAUGACCAGUUCAUAUUCCCCGGUAAACUCGUGGUAUGGAUCAUGACCUCAUUGACCAUUUGGACUCGGAUGCUCACUUGGACGACACAGAACGGCAGCUAUACCGAGCUCAAGCGCAACAUACCAUUCUGCGCAGAGCCAAUCAUCAAUCUCGCCAACAUCCUGUUCCUCGGACCCAAAGCACUCUGCCCCAUCGAAGACUCGGCGUUCAUCUCGUCCAUCAAUACUGGCCCUGGCGCGAUGGAGCGAGAAAUCCCGCAGACAAUGGCUGCGCUCCUCGCAACCUUCGCUGGCGCAGCAAUUGGAGAGGGCCUGCAUGGCACCCGCGAGCCCCUCAAAGAAAACGAAGGUUUCAAUUCGACUAAACAGGAGGCGCCUUACCGGGACCAUCUCGCCGCCCUCUCGCCAAUCAAUCUGAUUGGCCGUCAUAAGAUCCUUAACCUUAUAUUCAAUGAAGCGAAGUUCGUUGGACUACGAGGCUAUGACUAUUCAUAUGAAGAAGAGUGCCACUCGCACUCAAAUUGGUGCAACAUUUAUGAGGGGGUUAAGAAAAUGGGGUGUCCAGGACAUUUACACAAAAUUGCGCAAAAUUACCUCAAUUUGCACAGGGAAGCAUACGAAGGGGAUUGGAAAGGCCGGCCUCCCCGCAAAGCCCGCGCGACGAAGAAGGGUGCCGACGCUGAGCCAUCGACAUCUACGUCUGGUGCUCAGGCCCAAGACUCGGACGAUGGCGUGGGUGCUCCAAAGGGCAAGGGCCGCAAGGUCAACAUGUUCGAUGCUGCUCGUGCGAAGCAAGAUCCGUCGAAGGAUGCUGAGGAGGAUGCUGAGGAGCUACCCGCCCAUAUACCCGUACCCGUGUCGACCCUCGAGAUCCGCCAAAAACCUGUACCCGCCGAGAGGCUGAUCCAGCAGUCUCCUGCACCACCAUCCGUGAGCGAGAACGAGGAUUCAGGUUUCCUGAUGAAGGAGAGGAGAAUGAGUGUCGUCGUAACAGUUUGGGGCUACGAUACGUGCACCAAGAUUUGCCCGGUGACCACUGACUCGGGAUACUGUGUUUGGCAAGUCGGAGAGCCCGCGCAUAACGCAGCAGUCGAUGCCCCGGACACCCCAGCCAAAUCGACUGCAGUCACCGGACACGAAGGGCAAGGACUUGGAGAGCCCGAACGGGAGCGUCGCUGGGCGAGCGAGGCACCGAAGACAGAGCGCAAGCGAUACGCACCUGCGAAGUGCGUGAAGGAGGAGCCAAGUAAGCAGGAGACAUCGAGGUACUAUGACACUGACUACAACAGGCAGCUGAAAGACAGCCCGCACCCCCGCUCGACAGGCUCGGGGCGCGCAAGUCGCUUGGUGCAGCUACCGCCGACGGGUAGCGUGCGGCCACUGCCUGUCGACCAAAAUUAUGACGAGGGCGUUGCGGAGGCUCUCAUGGGUCUUCCGUCGGGUUUGAGCACGCUGUACUGUGGACCAGUUGACCGUGCAGCUUCGGUCCUCCUCCUGACGGAUUGGACUAGGCAGUUCACAUCCUCAGUGCCCCACAAUCGCCAGCCGUCAACGUCGUCUCGCGCGUCACCUCCGACACCGGGUACGAAAUGCCCGCUCAGCACCGGUCCCGACGAUCGGAGCACCGACAUGAAGCACAGCCGUGUUGGGAGCAUCAGCAGUACGCCUGGACAUGGAAAUGUCAGUGCCCUCACGUCUCUCGCCUAUCCUUUUCCGUCACCAACCAACGCCUCGUUAUCCCGAGGCCUGUCAGACUGGGGUGCGGAGGUACCAAGUUACCUCUGGCUCGCGGGUGCAGACGGCGAGGGCCUCUCAGACGUGCAGCCUGGUGGCGCCGAGCUCUCGCCGAUCAUGUCUGCGCGCUUGCUGCUGGUACGUACACGCAGCAAGACUAACACAGGGCGCUGCGGAGGCGUCCGAUUGCGCGCCGCUGCUCCACUCGUGUCCGCCCGUUCACCAUGCCUCGACCGUCUUCCCGUCGUUUGCCCUCUGUCGAUGCGCUUCGGUCCCUUCAAGUUUCUGCGCCGACGCGUUGCGCCUUGA